UCAGCUGUUAUACAUCCCACAUACUGCAGGGCAGCGCUUUGCCACAGCAGGAAACCAAAAUAAUGGCCGGCACUGUCACUACCACGACUACCAAAUUCCAGCUUCACAACUGAAAGUAGAUACAACUGGGAAUGCAAGGUUAUUACAGCCUUGACGUCACUUCCUCGCUUGUGUCUCCACUCCCCCCCCCAACCCGGAACGUGUGUGGUGAAGUCCUUCAGGCGCGAAACCCGUUUAUCUUCCACCUCACGGUAAAUCAAAGUCGCUUCUCUACAAUAGCGCUGACGGCCACGUCCGAUAGCGGAAGAAGCGGCUCCGUAACCAUUUCCGUUGCGUCGCCGGUGUUUCUCUUCUUGUGGUGUGAGUGCACAGCUGCACAACAAAAAUGCAGGGAUUUGCUCGACUUUCUCUUAGGACGUUGUCACCGCUGGGCUUUAAUGGGUUUCCUAGUAGAGCAAUGGUGGUGUCAGCCCUGAGGCCUACUGCCGUAAAUGGAAACCGCGCACCCAAAACACCCUUUUGCAGCAUUUUAUCCAGGAGGAAUCUGUGUAGUGGGGCGGUGGCACAAAUAGACCCGGAAUCUCUAACAGAAAAGGAACAGAGAAUACUGGGGAAGAUUUACAACGGCCUAAUAUGUGGGCACAGAGCUUGUCUGGCAGAAGCCAUCACACUGAUAGAGUCUACACACCACAGGAAGAGAGAGCUCGCUCAGGUGCUGCUUCAGAAGGUACUAUCUCACCACCGAGAAAAGGAGCGCUUAAAUAAUGGAAAACCUCUAGCAUUUAGAGUGGGUCUGUCAGGCCCUCCUGGUGCUGGAAAGUCUACGUUUAUUGAAUAUUUUGGAAAAAUGCUUACAGAGCAGGGUCACAAAGUGGCGGUGUUAGCUGUUGACCCAUCCUCCAGUAGCAGUGGUGGGUCUCUUCUGGGAGAUAAAACUCGAAUGACAGAACUUUCGAGAGACAUGAAUGCUUAUAUUAGACCGUCUCCUACUCGAGGGACAUUAGGCGGUGUCACCCGAACCACCAACGAAGCCAUUUUGCUCUGUGAAGCUGGUGGAUACAAUAUUGUUCUUGUGGAAACCGUAGGUGUGGGGCAGUCGGAAUUUGCUGUGGCCGACAUGGUUGAUAUGUUUGUUUUGUUGCUGCCACCUGCAGGUGGAGAUGAGCUACAGGGUAUCAAGCGGGGUAUAGUUGAGAUGGCUGACCUUGUUGCUGUAACCAAGGCUGAUGGAGAUUUGCUUAUUCCUGCCCGAAAGAUUCAAACCGAAUAUGUUAGUGCAUUAAAGUUACUCCGAAAACGUUCCAAAAGCUGGAAGCCACAGGUUGUCCGCAUCUCGGCUAAAAGCGGCGAGGGUAUACCAGAGCUUUGGGGAAAGAUGAGCGAUUUCCAGAGCACCAUGCUGACCAGCGGGGAGCUGAUUAGCAGGCGGAUGAGUCAGCAGAGAGUGUGGAUGUGGAACCUGAUCCAAGAAAACGUACUCCUGCAUUUCAGGAACCACCAUGCGGUUAAAAAUCAGAUCCCGCUUCUGGAAGAGAAAGUCCAUAAUGGGGUUUUGUCCCCAGGACUUGCAGCAGACAUGUUGCUGAGGGCUUUCUCAGGUGGCAGCUAAGAACUUGCACUAUGCAUUUAAUCUGCAUGUAACUAUGCCUAUGG